AUGGAUGGGAAACUAGACCUACCUAUUUUCAGUGGCAAGAUGGAUCUAGACUUGGUCAUGGAUUGGAUAGAGGCUUUAACUAGCUUCUUUGAAUGUGAGGAGAUCCCUGAGCACCAAAGGGUAAAGAUAGCAAAGUCCAAGUUGAAAGGAGCAGCCUUGACUUGGUGGAACUUUAUCCAGACAGAGAAGGUGAGGAAUGGUAAGAGCAUGAUCAAUUCAUGGAAUAGGAUGAUUGCUUUGGUCAAGGAGACCUAUGUACCUAAGGACUAUGGAGUGCAACUUCAUAGAAGAAAAAAAAAUCUCAAACAAAAGGACAUGGAUGUAAGCACAUAUACUGAGGAAUUCUUGAAGUUGUGCAUAAAGGCCAAGACCGUAGAGACAGAGGAAGAGAAGUUGGCAAGGUACAUCAAUGGUCUGAAAUUCUCCAUACAAGAUGAGUUAAAUCUUCACACCCCCGGAAGUGUACACAAAUGCUAUCAAAUAGCAUUGAAGGUGGAAGAAAAAUUCAGGAAGAAACAAGAUCAGAACAAUAGGGGCAGAAGUAGAUUCCAAAAAGAAAGAGGUUCCUUUAGAGGAAGAGGAAGCAAUGGCGGUUCACAAGGGGAUUCAAAUCAAGAGGACGGCAAAGGUGAAGGUAGCAGUAGAGGAAAUUUCAGAGGUAGAAGACCAAACUUCAGAGGUAGAUCACAAGGGAGAGGCCCCAUAAAAUGUUACAAUUGCAACCAAGAAGGUCACAUUGCUAGUAGGUGUCCUAAGAAGGCAAACCACAACACCAUGGGAGAAAGUAGGAGCAAUCUGAUCCAAGAAUCUGAAUGCCAAAGUGUGAACAGUAGCAACACUUUUCAAAGUGUGAAUGCACUUGAUUCUUAUGGGUAUCCGGAAAGAGGUGAAGCCUUGAUGAUGAGGAGAGCACUCCUAAAGGUUCCUAUCACAAAAGAACCCCCACAAAGGAAGGCAAUAUUCGGGACAACUUGCAAAUCAGGAGGUAAAGUCUGCAAGGUUCUAAUAGAUUCAGGUUCAACUGAAAAUUUUGUGUCCAUGGAGAUGGUGGAGAAGCUUAAGCUUAAGAGGAUACCACAUCCUUACCCAUACAAAGUGUCAUGGCUCACUCAAGGGCAGCAAGCUCUUGUGGAAGAACAAUCUUGGGUUGAAUUUCAGAUUGGCACCUACAAGGACAAACUUCUAUUUGAUAUAGCUAAGAUGGAUGCUUGUCAUCUAUUGUUUGGAAGGCCUUGGCAAUAUGACUUGAAGGCACAUCAUGAUGGUUUUAGGAACACCUAUUCUAUCACCAAGGAUGGGAAGGUCACAGAGCUGCUACCGUUCAUGGAAAAUGAAGAAGAACCUAAGGAGAAAGAGGCUAAGGUGAUGUUGAUAGGAAGUAAGGAGUUCAUGGAGGAGGUAAAAGAGGAAGGAGGAGUAUGUUUUGCAUUGAUCCCUAUUCCUAAGAAGGAGGUUGCAGAUGUAGGAGCAGCAGAUCAAUAA